CCGCCAUGGGCAUCAAAUUUUUAGGAGUUAUCAAACCUUUCUGUGCAGUUCUACCAGAAAUUCAGAAACCUGAAAGGAAAAUCCAGUUUAGAGAGAAGAUACCACUAUUUGGAAUCAUGUCAUCAGAUUCUGCAGAUCCUUUCUACUGGAUGAGAGUUAUUCUUGCAUUCAACAGAGGAACUUUAAUGGAAUUGGGUAUAUCCCCAAUUGUAACAUCUGGUUUGAUUAUGCAGUUGUUAGCUGAAGCCAAAAUCAUUGAAGUUGGAGAUAUACCCAAAGACAGAGCCCUAUUCACUGGAGCCCCAAAACUAUCUGGUAUGAUCAUUACCAUUGGGCAAGGCAUUGUGUAUGUCAUGACGGACCUGUAUGGGGAUCCCGCUGAAAUGGGUGCUGGAAUCUGUCUCCUUAUCAUCAUUCAGUUUGUUGCUGGUUUCAUUGUGCUGCUGUUAGAUGAGCUGCUACAGAAGGGUUACGGCUUGGGGUCUGGGAUUUCCCUCUUUAUUGCCACCAACAUCUGUGAAAGCAUUGUCUGGAAGGCCUUUAGUCCCACUACCAUUAACAGUGGCAGAGGUACUGAGUUUGAGGGUGCAGUCAUAGCUUUCUUUCAUUUACUGGCCACCAGGACAGACAAAGGUCGAGCUCUAAGGGAGGCUUUCUAUCGUCAGAAUUUACCCAAUCUCAUGAACCUCAUGGCUACAGUUUUUGUGUUUGCUGUUAUAUAUUUUCAGGGAUUUCGUGUGGAUCUUCCCAUUAAGUCGGCCCAGUACCGAGGGCAGUACAGCAACUACCCCAAGCUCUUCUACACCUCCAACAUCCCCAUCAUCCUGCAGUCGGCCCUGGUGUCCAACCUGUAUGUUAUUUCCCAGAUGCUGUCAGUUUGAUUUUUAGUAAAUUUACCAGGCAACUUUUUAGUAAAUUUACCAGGACAGUGAGCUGAUGUCAGUUGGGGAGGACCUGCUUGUUCUUACCCAGUGGGGGGCCUUUGUUACUACCUUUCUCCUUCUGAGUCCAUGGGCGCCAUAUUUGAGGAUCCUGUCCAUGUGGUUGUUUAUAGCAUCUUCAUGUUGGGAUCAUGUGCAUUCUUUUCUAAGAUGUGGAUAGAGGUGUCUGGUUCCUCAGCCAAAGAUGUAGCUAAACAGCUUAAAGAACAGCAAAUGGUAAUGAGGGGCCACAGGGAUACCUCUGUGCUUCAUGAGCUUAAUAGGUACAUCCCCACGGCGGCUGCGUUUGGGGGCUUGUGCAUCGGCGCCCUGUCCGUGUUGGCUGACUUCCUUGGGGCCAUCGGCUCAGGCACUGGAAUUCUGCUUGCAGUCACUAUUAUUUAUCAGUAUUUUGAAAUAUUUGUUAAAGAACAGGCUGAAGUUGGCGGGAUGAUAAUGCUGGCUCCUCUUUUCUUCUCUCACAGUUUGUUUUCAAGUGCUGACCGUCUCAUUCCUGAAAUGGGCACGGAGCUAAGCCUGUGUGCAGCAUUAGUACCAGCUGCCUUAACACUGAAGUUUACAUUAUUCAUUAAAAACCCUACAUGCAGUGUUGCCUGUGAUGCUGGAAACCAAUGUACCCGCCUUGCCAUGUUCAGUUGUGACGGGCCUAUAGAACCUGUCCGAGGACUGCUCAGAGCCGCCCUUUGUGUAGAGCUUUCUUUCAGCAUCAUUUUGGGAUUCAGGGUCAGGAGUGAUCAGCCCAACUGGAAAACGGGAAGCAAGUGCACAGUAUUAGAAAAAGUGGAAGGGAAAAUGAAACUGAACUGGAGGAGACUUAAAUGUAAAGCGUGUGAAACUGAGUUGGAUAACUUCACUCAAGUUUUGAUAAGUAAUGGGAAGCUGCAUGCCUUUCAAACUUAUGGGAAAGUAUCAAGGGGACCGUGUGUGUGCCUUGAAGGACCAGAACGAAGGACAGAGGCUUGUUCUGAUCAGGAGUAUUUGGCAUUAUCAGCGGAAAGGGAAGAGACCAGAUAA